GUCUUGGCAGCUGCUUGCCCACUUCUGGUCCAUCCUCCUCAAGGUAUUCACCCCUGGGGAAAAGCUGAGUUUGUGUGGCUUUACAGUGGUUAUGUUUAAAAGGGUUUUAAAACCCCACACUUCUCUAGUGAGAUGAAAUGCCUACGUGGUUCCUGCUCCCUGAUGUUGUCAGUAAUUUGGGAUCUUAAAACAGUUUGUGAUGCAGUCUGUAUUUAGUCUAAGCAGGGGAACUGCCUGCAACUUUCUUAUCUUUAAAGAGCAAUUUGUGGAUAGGAGUUUGAACAAGAGAUGAUUUGGCGUUCUGGGAUGUUAAAACUGGAGGCGGGAGGGCUGCAGAGAGUGCAAGUCAGCAAAAUCCACAGGGGGCUUUCCAGGGAAAGGGGAAAUGCUGCUGGAAGAGGUUCAGAGAUCAAGUGGCUCAGUGCUUUCUCCUGAGGCAGCAGAUGGGGUGGUUUGGGCUUUUGGAAGUGAAUAAAUCCUCCUACAGGGCCACUUUAUCAUAGUGUCACUUCCCUCCCCAGCCCUUUCCUCUGUUCCCCAAUCUCAUUUACACAAAAGAGAGAACAGGCUCUGGCCUUUUAGCUUUGGCAUUAUGCCAUGGUCCAGCCUUUUGCAGGCUGUUUGUGUGCUGUUUUCCAUUCAAGCUGGGGUCAGAGCAUAGACAUUCAGCAGGGUUUUCUUUAGAUGAGGAAGGCAAUAGUUUCACAGCUUUGAGGAUCACUGGCAGUAAUGUUAAUCAAGAUUGAGGUUUAAUAUCUUUUUAACUGUUUUUAGACUGUUGGAGUGAAGCCUGCACAGCACCAGCUUGAGCCAGGCUUUAGCCUAAAGUUGCAUGAGAAGUCACACUACAGGAAAAGCCCUCACUGCAGAAAAGCAAUGGAGGAACCGCUUCCCAUCCCUUCCCUUGCGCAUCUGUGGGCAAUGUGAGAACCCGCUGCUAACCACAAGCGGUUUGAGCUGGGAGCCCCGUUCCCGUGCGGUGGAGCAGGUUCAUCUGCGCUGCACUGAGGGUUCCCUGGAGUGGAUGUACCCCGCACGAGCCCUGCGUGUCGUUCUGGAGCCCAACCUCUCCAGUGCCCGCCACACCACUGUCUGCAUCAAGCCUGCCAGUGACUUCCAGGGUGCCAGCAUCUAUGUGGAACGUGCUGGGCAGCUGCAUCUGGUGGUGAGCGAGGCAGAAGGGGCUCAACCCCACCACGUGUCUUGCUUCAGUGCCCACACGCCACGACGGGUGGCCCUCUUCCUGCAGGCCAGCCCGCAGAGGGACAUCAGCCGCCGGAUGGCCAGCUUCCAGUAUGAGCUGCUGAGCAACCAGAGCGCUGCGAGCCCCGACUUCAAAAAGAUGGCACUGGUGGAAGCUAUGUGCCGUCCUUGUGACAACAUGGAGCUUCUCAUGGCCAUUUGCAGCAGUGACUUUGUGGUGAAAGGAUCUAUCCGAAAUGUUUCCCACGAUUCAGAGAACCACAUGUCACAGGUUGAUGUCAGCGUCCACAAAGUCUACAGGCAGAAAAACAGGAUUUUCCAGCAGGAUGAAGCAAGUGGUGAAUGGCGAGGCCCUAUCCGGACCCUGCUGCAAUGCAAGGUGAAGAAGGGAGGUGGAGAUUUCCUUUUCACUGGAAAUGAACACUUUGGUGAAGCUUGGCUGGGCUGUGCUCCUCGGUUUAAAGAUUUCAUGUUCAUUUACUGGGCUGCAAGGGAAAGAGGAGCCAACCCAUGUGAGUUCCAGCUCAACUGAAGGG